AUGGUUACAUUCACGAACAGAAUGCUGGAGGUGUUAAGACUGCAGACAGUUGGAAAGGAAGCGGGCGUGGGAUGUGAGGAGGGAGACCUCAGUGUCUCAGAUAAAGACGUCCUGUGUUAUCCCCGCCUGACCAAGACGUUCUACCAAAUCAGCAUGGCCAUGUGCUGGGCUUCCCGUCUCCAGUCUGAAUUAAGGACCAUCACUUUAUGGUCCCAGAGAGCACCCUUGGAAUGCUCCAUUUUACCACUUUUUGGUUUAGGGGACCAUUUCUGUGACCUCUUUGAGGACAAUGAUGAAGAUGUCUUUGUGGGCAGUGAAUCCGCGCUCCCAGCUCACCGAGCCUGCGACCGGUUUAAGCCUGGAUGUGUAAAUACCACUGAAGUGGACGUCAAGAAGUCAUCCAGAAUGAGAAACUCACACAAAACACACAAGUCUGUCUAUGGUUUACCAAAUGACAUCAGAAGUCACAGCCCUACCCACACCCCCACACCAGAAACUAAACCUCCAACAGAAGAUGAGCUACAGCAACAGAUUAAAUACUGGCAAAUACAGUUAGAUAGACAUGGGUUAAAAACGUCAAAAGUUGCUGAUAGUAUGUUAAGUUACACGGAACAAUACUUAGAAUAUGACCCAUUUCUUGUGCCACCUGACCCUUCGAAUCCAUGGCUGUCUGAUGAUACUACUUUCUGGGAACUCGAAGCAAGCAAAGAACCAAGCCAGCAGAGGGUAAAGCGAUGGGGUUUUGGCAUGGAUGAAGCAUUGAAAGACCCCGUUGGGAGAGAACAGUUCCUUAAAUUUCUAGAGUCGGAAUUCAGUUCAGAAAAUUUAAGAUUCUGGCUAGCCAUGGAGGAUCUGAAGAAAAGGCCUAUUCGAGAUGUCCCUUCCCGAGUGCAGGAAAUAUGGCAAGAAUUUCUGGCUCCCAGAGCCCCCAGCGCCAUUAACUUGGAUUCUAAGAGCUACGACAAAACCACACAGCAUGUGAAGGAGCCCGGGUGGUACACGUUCCAGGACACUCAGGAGCACAGUUACAAACUGUAGAAAAGUGAUUCAUAUCCACGUUUUAUAAGAUCCAGUGCCUACCAAGAGCUUCUACAGGCAAAGAAAAAGGGGAAAUCUCUCACAUCAAAGAGGUUAACAAGCCUCGUUCAGUCUUACUAAAAGGAUCACUUUGUAGCAUGGAAGAGACUGGAGUCACUGCAUAUACUUUGUAGCUCUUUGUUAUUACU